CUUAGCCUGGAGCGGAAACUGAUGCUUUGGUUGAUUUAAUGGCCCCGUCAUCUGUCAGACGACGAUAAGAGUGAAAAGAUACGAGAUAAAAGCGCGCGGCUGAAUUAGAUAAGAUUAUAGUGUUAUACUAUAGACGUGCGCGCAUCGAAUUGGAUCGAAUCCCGUGCUAUAUAAUAUUGCUUUGUUCACUGUGAGAGAUUGCAGAGCAUUCUAUUGAAAGGUUGUGCUUAGUUUGUAAGUUUGUUCAAGUCUUGCUGGAAUACGUGGAUUAAAUCGACAAGGUAUAUUUAUUAUUACAUAGUUGAUAUGUGCGCGCAUAUUUGAAUUUGUACACUGUGAAGUCUUACAGUGAAUUCUAUUGAAAAGGUUGUGUUCAGUUCAAUCGUAGCGUUUUGCUAAGGUUGUAUGCCUUGGUGCAUACAUCCGGACAAAAGUAUUUGACAGUAUUGGUUUGUUUACUGCGAGAGAUCUGCAAACCUCUGUACUGGAAGGCAAUAUAUAGUAACAUAUACAGACAUGCAUGCGUUGAAUUGGGAAUCUGGGAUCAAAUCGGUGGUAGUGCACUUAUGGUUAUUUAUUGUUUACUGCAAGAAUUGUACAGAGCAAUAGGUUUUUCCUCGAAUAUCUUUUUCAGUUCAAUCUGGUGUUAUCGAAAUUUAAUUUGCCAUAAUCUACAAGAACAUUGUAUAAUAAUAUGGACCGAUUCGCUUGUUAUACAAUGUUGGGUUUGAUUACAUUGAAGUCUUUGAGAUUUGCGCGAACCGUAUCAAAAGAAGAGCCAUUUCGGAUAUUGCGUUCUUCAAUUCUCUAUACUAACAGUAGAACCGACUUCUUAGCAAAUUUCAUGGCUAUAAUCCUGAGGUUAUUGUAUAUUAGUUGAUCUUAGAUUAUUUGAUGCAGGAACUUUGCAAAAUAAAAUAUAAUGAUAUAGAGAGCCUUUGUGAGGUGUCAAGUAACAUUAUGUCGUCUGAUUUUAGCUCAAUCGCAGGCUUUCUCAUUAGGUAGGCCACAGCAGAUAAGGUAUAGAUAGGUAAUAUAGCAAACAUACACGCACGCAUUGAAUUUGAAUCAAUUCCCUGAUAAACACAUAUUUAAUGUUUUAUUACUGUGAGCAGUUCUCCAUUGGAGGACUUGUUUUCAAAGAUUGCGUUAUAUUAUUAGCGCAACUUUUGCCCAAGUACAGCUCAAGUACAUCUCAAGUACAGUAAGUGUUUGUUUAGCGGAAUAUGGUGUAUUGAGAGACGACGCGGAUAGAUUGGAUCAACCAUUUUGGAGAUGAUUGUAGCAGUCUCAUUUCAAUCUCUGAUUUAGAUAAUCCGAUGAGGUAAAAUAUAGAAAACGUGUUACGAUGUACGGCAUCGAACAUGGAUGGAAUUGGAAUCCAAUUCAUAUAUAUUGCUACAUUACUGUAUAAUAUUGAUUUUGUUACACGGAAACUGACGGAGUUCUGUUUUGGUACCGCAGACCCAGCUGCAUUUUCAAAGAUUGGGCAAUGCAAUUUAUAUUCUUUGAAUAGCUAUUGUAGUUUGGUCAAGAGAAAUCUCUAGUUUGUUUUGCUCGUGGAGUGCUACACAUCGAUAGAUAAACCAAUCUUUUAACAUCGUGUUCUUCCAUUUGCUAUUUCAGCUCAAGAAUCACCGCGCAAUAGAUAUGCAUGUUUUUGUAAUCUUGUCUUUGGUAUUGGUUGCAAGGCAAGUUGCCUCACAGAAUUGGAAUUACCAGCUGUCUUCGCAGAUGUAAGUAGUGUUUUAUUGCUUAUACCAUUACAUAAAACGUUCUUUGUACAUAAAAGCACAGUUUGUUGGAAGUGUGUGAAGUGCACCCCUAUUUAACUGCUGGUUUACACUGUCAAACAUUUCUUUGAAGAAAGCAGAGUUUGGUCAAAAUUUGUGAGAUGAUACUGUAUUUUCUUUGUAAUCGCACCAGACUGCCGUUCAUUCUCGAUGCUAUAUGCGGAUCUAGUAUUGGUGGCAUAUGCUAUAUUGGUAGGAUUUCAUCUUUGCAAUGGUCCCAAUUCCAAAAAUAUGGAGCUAUCUGAGUAUAUUAUUUUCAAUUGCGUACGUGAGUUAAAAUCUGCGCCAAACACUGCAUGGUGGUUUCUCCGGAACCCUCCUGUGGUAACAUGUACUUUCCUAAGCCUAAGGCAUGAAUCAUUAGGAAAAAUAGUUUAGAACUGGUAGAGCUUUCCAAUAUGAAUGUAAUUGGUGUAUUUUGCUCUUUCAAUUAAAUUUCAUGGUUUUGGUUAUUUGUCUAAUGAGCAAAUUGCUUCAAUUCUCUCAUGUCUUUUCACAACUUUAAUGGGUGAACGCCAAUUAAUCACACCUUAUAAUUUAAACUACCCACAGGGAGCCUGACAUUUAACGACGGAAAUCUUAUUGCUAUUGACCUUUUAACAGAUUUGCAAAUUUUGGUAUAGGACAACAGCUGGUGAAAAGAGUAAUAUAGUUAACCAUCCGUUCUAAACUGUUUACCCUAAAGGUCCAAUGGAGAGCCUAUCUUUCAUCGUUUCAAUUCCACUACAGGAGUAAAGUGAAUAUUAAAUUAAAUUAAUUUGUACUGGAUAUCUUCUCUAUCAGUUCUAAACUGUUCUCCCUAAAGCCAAGGCAUCUUAUUGUCCCAGUAAUGCUACACGAGAGGAAACCUCUUCUGACUCUGCUGGCAAGGCACCAAACAUGUACAAUUGUUAUUUUAGCAUGCAUCUAUUAAUCCAUCAUUCGUCAACUUGUUUUACGAAUUAUUCACCACCACACACUUGUCUACUGGCAGACUACUGCGAACGCAUUUAUUGCGUCUAAUUUUUUCCAUCUGUUUUGCUACCUGCUUUCGACCACCGAAAAUUUUAGAAUUAUGAGAAAUUUGAGGUUUGCGCACCGUACUUGGGGUUAUAGGUCAAGUGUUUGCGCAUAAUUUGCAAAUUGCGUUCAAAAGUAACAUCGCACAUAUCUUUAUUGUAGCAUAACGUGCGUGAUAUUUGCGCAUGAUAUGCUAAUUGUUUAUCACGUUUAGGUUUCGUCGUUAAUUAAGAAAACAUGCCGACACGAAAACAUAUGCGACCUUAGAUCUGUGUUGAAGGUAGUUUAUUAUUGGAAAACUGAUCACCAGCCCGAAUUAAUAAAUCAAAGAUGGAUUAUCACCAUCUGUCUGACGCAUAAUCCAUGUUUGUGUAACCACAAGACAAGCUAUCUAAAAAUAAGCUAGAAUAGCGUAAUCCAUAUGUGUAUAUCUGAUCAUUGGAACAAUUAUGCUUGAUGUUUUGAUUGUAAUUAUCGUAUGGUCAACGCGAUUCAUUGCUAUGGCGAAUCCCAAUGUCACCUUUAUUGUAUUUCGUCCGCUUUAUUAUUUUUUGUAAUUCAUUCUUGUCUGUAAUUUCUUGUAUUGUUUGCAAAUAAACUAAUCUAAAUUUAUUCACGUAACCAAAUUAUGAACAUUAAUUGGUUUGUUUCCAUCAAUGAUAUUUCAUCACAAUAUUUUCGCUUAGUAGCUUACAUUGCUGAUAUUUCUAUUAGACUAAAAGUUUUCUCUUUGACGAGUGUUCGUUCUCCUGUGAGUCCUGUACAAAAUAGAAGUUCUUCUUUCAAAAGUCGAACCGGUAUAAACACCAUUUUUUGAAUAAUACGCGUUUUAGUCCAACUUAUAGAAGAAUCAAGGUUUGUAAGGUCUGUUUGAAUUUUCGCCAUUUCAUAUGGUGUCGCAUACUAUUCCCAUUAGGUUUGACACUGGUUUGUUUGCGUCGAAUUAAAAGAUUUUUACAAGUCUAUAUUGUUUCAGACUCCUUCGCAUUUCGCCAUAGUAGGCCUGAUAUGAAAUGUAACGUUUUGACAUGCAAAAUAUGAAGUUUGAAAUAUACCGGCUUUUCUAUAUCUGGAUAAGAUGCUAGUCAUUUAAAUCAGAUUUACGUGUCAAGCGAUGCCGCCGGAAGCGCGAUAUAAGCAACUCCUGGGUGGAGAAAGUAUUUAUUUAGCUUUGGAUACGCAUUUACAGAGUGAGAAAAAUAGCCAACAAUGCCUUUUCAUUACAAUGCGGAAUUACAAUAACAACGUGAAAUUUAUAUUUUGUUACUUUGUUACCGAGCCCAUUUAAUGGGAGCGGCAGUAUACUGUGUGGAUCUUAACGAAAUCUCAUGACAAUGUUGAUGUGUUAAAAAAAUUAUGUUAUCUUUUAUUAAAAAAAUGAUUUUACCUUCAACAAUUUAUUUGGUUUUGUGAUUUUUUUUAACGUAUUGCGCAGUGAUGUUAAGUUUUUGUAUUAAAACGUCGUCACCUUCGUGGUAAAAUGUCUACCAACUGUACACUUCAUUGCGCUCACCAUAUUUUCAUAAAGCAACCCCUGCUCUGUGUUUGACGCAUAUUCUGCAACCUUGUGACGUGGGAUGGCAACGUGACGACGACGGACCUAUUUAAUAAAAUGAACUAAAUUCAUAGUAUUUAAGAAAACAGAUGAAUAAUUAAUGUACACGGCACGGGGGUUUUUGGACGUCGUUCUCGCUCUGUUUUCUACAACGGUUGCCACCAGAUGUUCACGUCUUGUGUACAAUGCCUGCAUUUCAAGCCACGAGAAGUGAUACUCAACUUGUCCAAAAAUGCCGAUCUAAUUUAAAUCACAAAUUUUCCAUUUCUAAAAAAGAGCCACCUUAACAUCGUGUGAUUGAUAACACACAACAAUUUUUUUUUACAACAAUUUAUUUGAAUGAGUUUGUUCUGGCCACGUCAUCACGUUGCAUCCUAGGUCGCAAGGUCUGUAUUUAAACGUGAAGGAGCUGAGAUUUAGGAUGAACACAGAAUAUAUGGCGGGGAGGGGGUGAGAUGUAUUCUCUCUUGCGGUAUAAGUUAAAAAACAAUAGUUUCGGAAAACCCAUUUCCUGCUCAUUCUGCUCUGAAUUGAAGAACCUCAGGACUGAAAAUUGCUGCACAAAUUAAUAAGCGGUCAAAAAACAUACUUCAUUGGCAUUGCACCAGACUCCAGAGUAAAGUCGUUCACUGUGUUCCAACAUUGCAUGAUGCAAGUAGCAUAUAGUUUUUAAUCUUUUAAGGGGUUAGUCCCCUGCCAGUGUGAUGUGUAUAGAACAAGCUUUAUCCUAAAAUAGUCUCUGACGUGUUGCACUGCAUGGUAAUAUCCAAAACCUUAUCUCUCUGACUUUUAUUUGAUCGAUGACAUUAUGACAUGAGAAAAAGCUUCAUGCCAACAUAACUGAUAAAUGAUAACCAGGUUUUGAUAAAUGCUUUGGAUAAAUAGAACAGUUUUGUGAUAACAGUAAACGGAAAUUAUUUUAGUAUAAACUUUCAUCCACCCUGGCAUUAAAAACGUAAACAAGACUAGAGUCUUGUUGUAUUAUCCCGACAACUAAGAGGCUUCACUAAGCGAGAAUCAUCUCUGAAUUUAUUUUAUCUUUUUGUUCAAGUUCAUACAAACUUGUACAUGGUGAAGACAAGGAAUUUUUGCAGUAAAUUGAGCAAUAUUAUAAUUCAAUAUUGAAUAAUGUUAUAAUUAUAAUCAGUCAACCGUACUUAUACAGGUAUAAUGUAGGGUGUAUAAGAAAACUAGACCUUUAGAAAUCAAGCUACUGACUGUUGUUAAGCACAAGAUUUUACGCUCCUGGGGCUGGGUUUUUAAAAUAGCUUCUAAUCAUAUGAAAGAAUGUACGGACGAACACAUGCAGAAUGUACGGACGGGGAGGAGGGUAAGAUGCAUUCUCUUCCGGUAUAAUAAAAAAAAAAUAGGUUCGGAAAACUCAUUUCCUGCUCAGUCAUUCUGCCCUGAACUGAAGGAUCUAGACUGAAAAUUGCUGCAUAAAUUAAUAAGCGGUCAAAAAGACAUACUUCAUUAACAUACAGGGUGUCCCAAAAAACCCCAAAACUAUUGAAAUGACGUAUUGUUAGAAUUUGAAUGCCUCAACACUCUGCUGAAUCCACAAGUGCAUAAAAGCUUGACAUAAGUAAAUAUUAUGCAUAAAGAAACUGUUUAAGAAGCUGCUUUAAAUUUCCAAGAGCAGAAAAUCGUGCGCUUUAUACAAAGAUAUUUUAAUUUCUUAACAAUUUUAAUUGCGUUCAGCUUAGUGCUAGGGCAUGCAAAUUCUAACAAUACGUUAUUUCAAUAGUUUUGGUUUUUUUUGGGACACCCUAUACUGGAUGCAUUGACCAUUGUCUUUUCAUUGUUUCUGAAAUCCCACUUUUCUCAUGCACGCCAUCCAAUCACAGUCCAUUUGAAGCGUAUCAUAACGUACCGUAUAAUUGCCUUUUCCCAAAAAAACCAAAACUAUUGAAAUAACGUAUUGUUAUAAUUUGAAUGCCCUAGCACUAAGCUGAACGCAAAGAUGCGUAUAUUAGGGUGCAUAUAUUAUAAAUAUUAAUUUAUUAAGAAAUUAAACUAUCUUUGUAAAGCCCACGAUUUUCUGCAUGAAAUUUACUUAUGUCAAGCUUUUAUGCAGCAGAGUGCUGAGGCAUUCAAAUUCUAACAAUACGUUAUUUCAAUAGUUUUGGGGGUUUGGGGACACCUUGUACUGUACAGGGUGUCCCAAAAAAACCGAAAACUAUUGAAAUCACUUAUUGUUAAAUUUGAAUGCCCCACCAAACAGCUGGACGUAAUGAUGCGUAAAAUAUUGACAAGGUGCAUGUAUUAGAAUUUAGUUAGGACGAUCUCCUGGUAAAGUGCGCGAUUUUCUGCUCCUGGGAAUUAAAAACAGCUUCUUAAACAGUUUAUUUAUGCAUAAAAUUUACUUAUGUCAAUCAUUUAUGCACUCGUGGGAACCAACAGAGCGCUAAGGCAUUCAAAUUCUAACAAUUAAAUUGUUAUUGGUGAUUUCAAUACUUUUCGGGUUUUUUUGGGACACCCUGUACAUGAUCACUUAUUGUUAAAAUUUGAAUGCUCUACCAAAAAGCUGAAUGUAAUGAUGCGUGAAAUAUUGGCAAGGUGCAUGUAUUAAAAUUUAGUUAAGAACAUCUCCUUGUAAAGUGCGCGAUUUUCUGCUCUUGGGAAUUUAAAGCAGCUUCUUAAAUAGUUUCUUUAUGCAUAAAAUUUACUUAUGUCAAUCAUUUAUGCACUCGUGGGAACCAACAGAGUGCUAAAAAUUAAAUUGUAAUUGGUGAUUUCAAUAGUUCAGGGACACCCUGUAGAAUUGCCUUUUUGGAACAAAGAAAUACCGGCCACGUUUCAGUAUCGGUACGAUACGUUUGAAGUGGAAAACGGCCUUAAAACUCUUUUGCUUUGUAGGCCAAAUGUGUGUUCUUUCCAGCGACGAUUUGUGACUUAUGAAAGGCAACCAGAGAGAAAAGCGAUCACGAAGAAUGUACGAGUAUUACAACCAGGCUGUCUUAGACCACGGGAGCUGUGUUAUACUUCACAGUUGCGGUGAGUCUUUAUAAGAUGUGAUAUAGUGGCGCUGCCUGGCUUUAUGUUUUUAACGAAUUAUCCGUCUGGACAUGAAUGGUUUGUUAUGUACUAUAUUUAACAAUUAACAUUUUGUCCUGGAUAGUUCUAUCGCGUCUAGUGAAUAUCUGUUCGGUGCUGUUCUGUCCUAUUUUCAAGCUAAAACAUACAGGUGUAUCACGCUUUAUUUGCCUCUUAAAAGCACCUAUUUGCCCUCAUCUAAACUACACUCUGUCUACAGUAUAUACUCCUGAGUACGUCUACAGUAUAUACUCCUGAGUACAGUAGUUCUAUCUGAACUGUGCCUUUAUAUAUUUGUCUGUAAUGAUUUGUAUUUACUGCCGAAGCAAACUUUAGCUAAUCUAGUCUAGGUCUAGUGCUUUAUUAUUUGAGGGUCUUGUAAACGGAAAUUAUCAAGUGGAAGUUUAUAUACAUUUAUGAGUGGAAAUUUAUAUACAUUUGUUACAUUUGUUGGGUCUAUAAUAAAUGUAUAUCAAUUUCCACUUGAUAAUUUCCAUCUACAACACACUUCGACUAUUAUUCAAUCAAGUGAGAUACCAACAAAAAUUUGCUUUAUUAUCCUGUCAAAUAUCCAUAUGUCUUCGUAAUGUUUUUCAGUACUUUCUACUACACGAUGUACCGUAAUCAACCGAAGAUUGAAUUUCGAACAGAAUACCAAUGUUGUCAGGGCUGGUCCCAGUACCCUCGGCGAUCCGGCUGCUCCUUGAGUAAGUGAUGUACAUGAGGUGUUGUAAUCCGCAUAUACAAAAUUCCUCCGAUUUUCUCAAUUAAAAUCAUUUCGUUUUCGAUACAACUGUUGAAAUUCUUACGCUUCAACAAGCUAUACUGUGUAUAACAUUCGUAUCCGUGGAGGGCCGUACGCAGGAUUCACCAGGGGAGGGGUGAGGUUGCAGUAAUACCUAUAUGCUGAAAUAAGUGAUCGGAAUAAUGUCAAUGGAUUCAAAGUCACAUCAACUAGAUGCAUGCUUAUGACCGCGCAUGGAGAAUCAUUCAUUCCAAUUCGCAAGAUUAUAAGUGCCUGCAUUCGGCUUAUAUUAAUAUUUUAUAAUAAUAAUAUUAAUAUUCUAUAAUUUUACAAAAUUAACAAGGUAAAUUUUCAUCCAUGUUGUAUGAGACAUAGAACCUCUCUAUGUCUGAUAAAACACGGCCGCUGAUGCUGUAUAUAAUUACAUAAAAUAAAGUAUCAACUCCAGUAAUUUCCAUUUAUAACUCCAGAAACAUUUUUACAACUCGGAGAGAGUGGUAACAAAUCCAAUUUAGACUAAUCCAUGUCAAUAGGUGUUAGCAAUAAUGCAAAACUUAUUCCUUGUGGUAUGUCUGGAGAGCCAUAGAGAUUAUAAAUAAUACUAGAGGAGGCAUUGUAAUCUUAAUUCAGUUAAAAAAAUGGAACGCAGCUAUUGGGGGGGGAAAUUCAAGUCCCGGAUGUGUAUUCACGUUCCCAUUGGUGACGAGUUUCAAAUCAGCCAAUGAGAGCACGAUUUCAUAUCCGGGACUUGAAUUUGCCCCCCAUUAGCUGCGUUCCCAAUUUUUAACCUCGAUGCCUCCUCUAUUCUCCUCUAGUGUUAUUUAUAAUCUCUAUGUGGAGAGCAAGCUGAUGGGUAAGAAUACGGUGCUCAACUGAUGAGGCGUUGGACACCAAAACAUGGAUGUCUGCAGAAGUACAAUUUACAUUCCUUCACUUUAUAUUAGUGUUGUUGAGUCUUCUGAGAAGCUAAUGGAGUGCCUAAAUUCGCAUCACCUGCAAGUCCUGAUAAACUUGUGCCAUGCUGACAUGAUGAUAUGUGGGCAAUCAGCUCUGCAUCAUCAAAUACCGAUCUGAAUCUCGAUAUUAUAGAUAGGAACAUUAAUCUCUCCAACCACAUCUUCAAAAAGUCUGACAUUGUUGAUAUUUAUCUUCUAGGUUCAUGUACCGUACGUCCAUGUUUGCGCGGUGGAAGAUGUACCGGAAGUGCGACAGGAUGCCGUUGUCCCAGGGGAUUUCAGGGAUCACAGUGUCAAUAUGGUAAGCUUGCUACUUGAAUGGGAAGGGGCUUGAAAAAUGAAUUAGUUAAACACAGAAAUCUUACUUGAUAGGACAGCAUGAAUGUAUACAAUUUUCGAUCUGAUUUGGUACAGCUGCAAAAAAUGCAACUGUAAGAAUAGAACUUAAGCCACUGAGCUACAGAGUUCAUAUACAGAUAACCAGUUGCCGAGCAUUAACCACACGAUUUUGGACAUCUCGCUCGAUGAUUCAGUUCUACAAGGUUUAAAUGUAACUAUAUUAAAAAAAAUUAAAUUUAUUAAAAUUAUAUAUUGUUUUGAUUCUUCAGAUAUGGACGAGUGUAAGACACAAAAUGGUGGAUGCGAGCACAACUGCUGUAACACUGUUGGCGGGUAUUACUGUACUUGUAACGCUGGCUAUACAUUGCAGAGUGAUAAGAAAAAUUGUUUAGGUAAGAAAAUUGAUUAUUUAAGAAAGUUAGGAUAGGUGUUGUCAGGAUGUAGAAAGAAAAAGGUGAUAAAACUGCGAUAGAGAACGUCGAAUUUCUGGAAAUAAUUGAACAUAGUAGUGUCGAAGGAAUACAAGAAAUGCAAAACAAUUUAGGAUGAAACUGUUGGGCGUAAAUAGUAGAGAACGAUGCCGAGGAAAGGAAGGAAAUAAGGAAGGAAAAGGUAAAUAAUUGUGGCCUCAUGGUUAGGAACAAUAGAACGAAUUGAGAAAGGAAUAUGGGAGUGAAGAAAGGAAGAAAAGAUGAAAGGAUAGAGGGAUGGAGGUUGAGAAGGAUGAUAGCAAGUAAAGAGGGAAUAUUGGGAUGAAGGAAGGAAAGAAGUAAGGGUGGGUGGGUGCCAAAGGAAGAAGGAAGAUGGAAGAAGAAAGGAGAGAUGGGGUAAAAAGAAAGGGGUACAAAGAAGAAAAAGGAGGAUUGAGGCAAGAAAAAGCCGAAGGAAGGGAUAGAUGGAAAUAAUGAAGGCAGGGGGGGGGGAAAGAAUGAUGAAGGGAAUGAAGAAACAAAAACAAGAGUGACUCAGCAUGUAAGGUAAUGUGGAAGAAUGUCAUAUAUGUAACGAAAGAGAAAAAGGAAGUAAAGAAAUGAUAUUGUCGAAUAAAGCAGGUUGUCACCACAUAAAAAAUACAUGAAAAAAUCGUGGUCGUACGAUUACUCUGCUCAAUUACAUUUCAUCCAAGUCUGGAUGGGCAGAUGUCACUUUGUUGUAUCAAAUGUACCAAGCUGCGUUGGCGAGGCGUUGGACGCAUAUCUGCAGGUCGUAUUAUAAUUAUGAAAAUGUAUAUAUGUUCUAUAUAGACACAAAUGAAUGUAAUAAUUCAAAUGGUGGAUGCAAUCACACUUGCUUAAACUUACCUGGUUCUUUUCAAUGUCGCUGCCCAAGUGGUUCAACACUGGCUGCUGAUAAAAAGACCUGUACAGGUAGCAAGAUUGUUCUAGUUGGUUUGAAACACAAGUAACUCACGAUUUUAUGAUGAAAAUUCUAAAGGAAUCGUACAACCUGUCCAUAUAUAUUACUAUAAAUAUUGGGUUCUUAAGGAAUACUGAAUAGAACACUGCGGUUUGCUAGUGUUGAUGAAUAAUGUUUUUGCGAUAUAAUGCCACUAUAUAUGACAUAUUGAUUGUGAGUAAUUUGAUAAGCUAGAGGACAUGGCUGUAGAACAACUGCCAAUUUGGGAAAAUAUAUAUGUAUUAAAUGGAUUGUCUCCCUUGUUGUUGCCACCCAAACAAAUUAGGAUGAUACUUAUGAGGUAGUUAAUUCUCAUUUAGGAGGAACCGCAUCUAGGAACUCUGGUCGAGGUGGAACCGGUGCAACAAUAAAUGGUGGUGUCAUAAGAGAACGUCCACAUCCGUACUAUCAACAAUCCCGUUUAUCCAAUAGCUGUAAUAACAGGAAUGGUGGGUGUGAGGAUAUCUGCAAGGAGACUUACUACGGAGUGAUGUGUGCUUGUAAGCCUGGAUAUUCCUUAGCACGUGACUUUGUGUCAUGCAAAGGUUUGUGGAUUGUAAUUGUAUUCAUGAGUUUUUCCAUGAGAUGAUAAAGGAAUAUAUUUUAUAUAAUAUUUUAUAAAAUAGCCUUUUAAAAACACGGGCGCUGAUUGGUCAAAAGCUCAAAAAACCCGUGUUUCUAUAACUCGAUAGAAACACGGGGAAUUUUCACGCGGGUUGCGUGGAUUGCGCGGGAGUUUAAAAG